AUGAGGCUUUACUCGGCUGCGCUGCUAUCUACGAUUGCAGCCCUCCUGUCGUCGUCCUCGGUGGCUGGGGCGACUGCUGACUUACAAACGACGAAUUGUAUUCGUACACUGUCCGAUGCGCCUGCUAAUAGUGUGACGAAAAGGCGAUUGAGAGCAUCCGAGACAGGGACAAACGACAACGAAGACAGAGUGUUGAACGCUGCUAUUGAAAAGCUCACGGGUCUGGCGAAGGCGGGGGCCUUGAAGAUCAGUAACAUGGAGUGGAAGUUUAUGCUGACGGGGGAAGGUGGGGCUGAUAAGAUUUUAAAGUGGUUUGACCUCGAUAGAGGAAUGAAGAGGGCUCUGGCCAGUCCGAACUUGAAGGUUUUGGAAAGCUACGUGAGAGCAAUGAACGGCAAAAACAAAAUAUCAGUUAUCGGAAUAUUCUCGACGCAUUAUGGAGACGACCUCGUCGCAAAGUCUCUCGUGACCAUGGAGAGCAAGGCUAAGACGCCAGAAGCGGUGAAUACGAUAAAGAAUUUACGCAAGGAUCAACUAUCGGCCUGGAUGAAUAGUGAGAGGUCUGUCGACGAUGUUUUCAACCUGCUAAAGCUUCGUGAAGAUGGCUACAAAGCUCUUGCCAGUCCGAAGAUGGAGGUAUUGGAUGACUACAUGAAAAUGGUGAUCCAGACUAAAGCAGGCAAGGAAACGUUGCUCCAGACCUUAACUAAGGGCUUUGAUGGCGAAGAGAAGUUGGCGAGGCUGCUGGUGCGUGCGAAGGAGCAUUCAAAGUCGAAGGAACUGGCGACGGCCUUGCAGAACGCACUCGUGAAGAAGUGGAUCGAAGCGGACAACAUGACACCGGAUAGUGUCGCUCAUAUGCUUCAACUGGAUCGUAAUCUGGAUGCGCUAGUGAACCCAAACGUACACACUUUGGGGGCGUUUAUCUCGGUUUACAACGCCAGGAAUCCAGCCAGCAAGGCGUCGUUGAUUGGGAGGUUCACUACGCAGUACGGGGACGAUGUGGUGGCACUGGAUCUGGUGUAUGCGAGAUCUAAAUCUGCGAAAAGACCUGUGGCCAUAUUUAUGCAGCAGCAACAGUUCCAGGCCUGGCAAAAGAGCAAGAAAUCGGCGGUUGAUGUUUUCAAGCAAUUGGAUAUUACACCCACGGACUUCGAACCCGUAGUGAGCCCAAAGAUGGAGGUACUGAGCGGAUAUAUCAACGCUCUUAAUGCCGCCAAUCGAGACAAAACCGAUAUGAUCACGGUGCUCAUCCACGGGGCCGACGGGGAAGGCCCUCUUGCACGUGGGGUCGUUACGGCUCUUUGGAAUGCAGCGUCACAGGAUCGGGUUAAAGCCGUCAUCUCCACAGCAGCUGAGUACGAAAAGUUGCUGCAUAAGCGGUGGUAUAGGAGCAAGAUUGAGCCGCCAAGAAUUUAUACGGAUAUUCUCAAAGUACAGGAGACUUCUGCUAUCGGUCUGGACCAGCUGAUCGUAGCCCGAUACGCGAGCUACUACAGCGAUAAGAUCGCUGCUGCUCGUGCUACUCCUUCGAUGGAGAAUGCCAUUCGUCCUAGGCGCUCUUAG